UAUAGACCAAACAUUUCUCUCCCUGCGGGAGAACCUGUUGUCAACUCUCUCUCUCGCGGAAGGACCUGCUAGGAAGUCAUUCAUUUAUUCUGAUCCUGUUCGCCAAACGAUUACGACCUACGGAGCGAACGCUCCAGUUCUCGACGGAGUCCAUCCCCGCAAAUGAGCAUCCAUCAUCCAUCAUAAAGAACACCAUCAAUCGUUCGGUUUUGUGAAAGAACCAGGAUUCAUCGCGUGUAUCGGAUCGAUUUUUCGCGUUUUUUCCGAUUCUUGGUCAGCAGAUUCGCCCAGAUUUAGGCAGAAUGAAGCAAGAAUAAAAGUGCGUUUGUGUGUGAUAAUCGGAGAGGGGCUGAAGAAACCCAAAAAAAAAACAGUGUGGGAAGAUAGAGUGCUGCGUGUUAUAUAAUUUUAGGGGCAGUUACCUUCGAGAGCAGUCGACAAAAAAACGACAGAUUAAUUGGUUUGUUCGACACUUGAGAGGGAAGACAGGAUAUCCGCUUUCGGUGGCGUGAAAAAGCGUUCAAAAAGUGAACAAUGUGCUGUGAUUGAGUGUUUGUCAAUAGUUGGUGUGGAAGUGUGUCUGCCGUUUCGGAAUAAGGAGCCCCUGCCAUCGUCGCAGCACUGUGUGGACGCAAGCGGCGCAUCGUAUUUUGUUUUAAACGCACUUCCUACGCACAAUCCGUAUAUCACAAAUCACAAUAAUGACUAACAGCACCAAAUGCACAACCGCCAGCACCGUUAGCACCAACCGUCGGCACCACUAGCUUGCCAAGUUAAACAGAAAAAAAACGACCCGAAAGUUGCACGUUGCCUGCAGUGUUUAGUUUCGCGUUUAACCACCACAAGUUCCCUCCACAUUCGGUGCACGUGUGAGCAAUAUUUUUUUUGUCGUGAUCAGCUUCCCUAGAGAAGAUUUGCAAAAGCGAACCGCGUGAGAAAAGUGACCGAAAGCUAAACACACACCAUAAUGGCCAACACGGCGCAUUUAUUUCGUCGACAGAGCUCGCGGGAUUUGAUACAGCAGGCCACGGUUCGCAGCUUGGAUGAGCUAGAGUUGAGGGAACUUCGAAGUCGAUUGGUGCGUGCGGAAAAUGGUAACAACCGGAGUGCGGCAUACGGUGCAACCAAUCAGGCGUUCAUUUCCGACAAUGAUCCGCCGAUGGGAAGAAUUCUGGAUUUGGGCCCGAGCUCGGCUCCGCCUACUGCGGCAGGAUCGUCCAGGAAGCUUCCUACACAGACUUCCGUUAUCGACAGUAUCGUCGAGGAAACGGUGGUACCAGAGCGACCCGAAGAUGAGCGCGAGAGCUGGGAUAGCAAGUGGACUUUCCUAUUGGCAACGAUCGGUUACGCCGUCGGUUUGGGCAAUGUUUGGAGAUUUCCCUACCUAGCGCAGAAGAACGGAGGUGGGGCAUUUCUUGUUCCGUAUUUCGUGAUGCUGUUGUUGCAAGGAAUUCCCAUCUUCUAUUUGGAGCUUGCGAUCGGACAACGCCUGCGGAAGGGAGCGAUCGGUGUUUGGCACGAGGUUUCAGUCUAUCUCGGAGGAAUCGGGAUAUCGUCGGCUUUUGUGAGUUACAUCGUCGCCCUGUAUUACAACACGAUCAUCGCGUGGUGUCUGAUUUACCUGUUGCACAGCUUUGAAUCUCCUCUGCCCUGGGCAGAGUGUCCCAAGAGGUUGUUUAAAAAUUUUACCUACGAUGUAGAGCCGGAGUGCGUGGUGUCCUCUCCGACCAAGUACUACUGGUAUCGGGAAACAUUGAUGGUUUCACCGGAUGUCAACGAGCCGGAGGGCAUCAAUUACAGCGUAGCGAUUGCCCUGAUCACCGCCUGGUCACUGGUGUACAUGUGUAUGGUGCAGGGAAUCACCGAGUCGAGCAAGAUCGUCUACAUAACGGCCAUCUUUCCGUACGUGGUGUUGAUCAUUUUCUUCUUCCGAGGAAUCACACUGAAAGGAGCAUCGGAAGGCGUGAUGCAUCUGUUCACUCCACGCUGGGAGUCGAUACUGGAACCGGUGGUGUGGCUGGAAGCGGGCACUCAGAUCUUCUUCUCGCUGGGUCUUGCCUUCGGUGGACUGAUUGCGUUCAGUUCGUACAAUCCGGCUAAUAACAAUUGCUAUCGGGAUGCGCUGGUGGUAUCGUUCACCAACUGUAGCACUUCGAUGUUCGCCGGGGUGGUCGUGUUCUCUGUGAUUGGCUUUAAGGCCACCUCAAUCUACGACACGUGCGUGGAGGAACGCGACGCAUUGCUGGCGUUGAACAAAACUUCCGAUCUGCCGGUCUGUGAUCUGCAGAAGGAACUCGAAAAUAGCGCAUCCGGAACGGGGCUAGCGUUUAUUAUCUUCACAGAGGCCAUCAACCAGUUCCCAGCGGCUCAACUGUGGGCGGUCUUGUUCUUCCUGAUGCUGUUCACGCUGGGUAUUGAUUCACAGUUCGGAACGCUGGAAGGAGUUGCCACCUCGCUGAUGGACAUGAAGCUGUUCCCCAACCUUCGGAAGGAGGUUAUUAUUGGGGGAUUAUGCCUCUCCUGUUGUACGCUUUCGAUGUGCUUCGCUAACGGGGCUGGCAGCUACAUAUUCCAGCUGAUGGACAGCUUCGCCGGGAACUACACGCUGCUGAUUAUUGCCUUCUUUGAGUGCAUUGGUGUCAGCUACAUUUACGGCAUCAAAAGAUUCGCUGAUGAUAUCGAAUUGAUGACGGGUUCCCGGCCGGGUCUGUAUUGGAUGCUAUGCUGGAAGUACAUCUCUCCGUUCGCGAUGUUGACGAUUUUGAUCGCAUCCUUUAUGGAGCUUGCGUCCGAGGGCAGUAGCUAUCCGGGUUGGAAUGCGCUCACCGGCAGUACGGAACGGCUCGAGUGGCCCCACUGGUGCAUCGUGGUGGCCAUUGUGUUGAUACUGGUGUCAAUUCUGUGGAUACCGGGAGUGGCAAUCUGUCGGUUAUGUGGCAUCAACAUCAUUGACGAUUCCGAGCCCGCGUGGUUCCCAACGAACGAGCUGAGGGAUGUGCACGGUAUCGUACCCCACGAACCGACGGAUAUCGAGAUUUCGCUGUUCUGUAUACGGCCGGAUGGUUCGGAAGGACUGUGCUGUCCGACAUACAGUGGUCCCAGAGAACAACCGUUGGACGAGGAGGAAGAAUGAAUAAUUGCACGCCCAUAGAAGCAGCACACGACUAGUCCACUAGACAAUAAGCUAUGCCCAGGUUGUAUGCCGAUAUUUAGAAUAAAUCGACAGUAUCUAAACCGGAGAUCUGAAACCUCCCCAUAAAUAGGGAAAAGAGCUCGUAUAGAUAUCUAAGUGUUGUGGGACAGGCAUCGAGAAAGGGUUAUCGAAUUGGUUUGCCUUUAGAAGAGAUACGGAAACUUCCAUUCCUAUAUGAACGAAGAAACCGCAUGAAAUUGCAUUGUGAAUGGUCUGAAGUGACAAUGAUACACAAAUCUACUAAACAUACUGAUGGGUUAACUUAAAGUGUCCAAAUCAUAUCAACGGAGUUCAGCAACUCUCUCCAAUUUAGCGGUAUCAUAAAAACAAUCAAAUGUAUCAAAGCGAGAAUGCUCGAAGGCUAUCUGAAGAACUUAGUCUGGGCAUACAAGCGAAUAUGUUCGCUGCAACAGAAACCAAUAGUCGACAUAUUUACCCUAGCGAUGAAUCGUAUUUAAAACCCCACUAUAACAAAAAAAAAACCGAACAUCACAAGUCAACUGUUACGUGCAAUAUACCUGUAAAAAUUAUACAUAUAAUGUAGAUGUUCAUCACUAAUGUGUUAAGAAAACUUAUAACAAAUAAGAAUAUUACCGUGGCUGUUACUCUCAUUCGUUACCAAUUUAAUAGUGUUAAGGAAAAGCAUAAAGGGCAAACACCUAAUGCCACAAUCAAAUUUGCACCGUUGCCAAAGUUAAACUUUCAUUCCACCGAUGUAAAAUUUUUUAAGUGACUGAAUUUGUGAAUGCCAAAAGGCAACGCUUUAAGUAAUGCUCUCAAUUUAGAAAGACAAAUCAGUAAUGUUACCGAAGUAUACCUAUUGUUGCUUUACUUACGUUUUAUCUGAGGGUAUAGCUUUAUAUAUAUCUGCAAUCGAUUCCGUCUUCCGGCUUGUUUACUGUUAAUUUUGUAUUUUAUGCGGGAAAAGUUGCUUGUUGGUCGAAAGUUCCCGGUGGAAUAUAUAUUUACAGUGAGUAUUUUAUUUUUGUUUUUCAUUUUCGGAUGGAAAUUCCAUCAAACUUCACGUAAACGUUUGUUUGUUUCCUAUUCGCGAUUGCAGUCACACAAUCAUUUUCAUUCAACCUUCAAACUUUGUUAUUACGGAUAAUUCAACGCCUGCUGCGAGCGAGCGGAUGAAUUUUCUGGCGUUUUUGACAGACUAAUUCAUUCUCUACCCUUAGAAAAAUCCUCGGUCGAAAACUACUAAAUACAUUUGGUAAUGCAAAAUUAGUAGAAUGUACAAAUUUUUGACGUAGGACUACCGGGAAGCGCCAGUUUUAUCCAGUUUUUUUCCAGUUUUAUUUAUCCAGUUUUUUUAUAUGGUUGCUUCAUUUUACCAAGUUAUAUUCAUUAUGCAUAAACAUUUUCCCUUACCCUUCCUAUUCCUUGGUGAAUUUUGUUUUUUUGACAUUUCUCGUUCGAUCGAUCCAAAGUGUAUCUUUUCUUUUCUUACGCACUCUCAGUGUUAUUUUUCUCCUGCUUACACAUCCGAAAAUCAGUACGGUUAGCGUGCAGUGCGUGGGGUGCCUUACCAAGCCGCAACGUGCUACAAUGUCUUCGAGUUUAUAUGAAUAUUAAAUGUUCUAGAUCCUCCAAAACAUUCUGAAGUUCAGACCAAUUGAUCUACAAUGUCCAUAACAAAAUAAAAAAAAAAUUACCCAAAAUUCAUGGAGCCUGCGUGCCAUGCUGGCUUUGAGUUUAUAUAACGUCUUAGCAUCAGACGUGAUAGGUCCUCCAAAUCAUUCUAAAGCUCAGCAGAUCAUAGUGUCAAAGUACUCCAUAUUUUUAAUUGUAUGAAUAUGAAAACCAAGUAACCUUCCUUCCGUAUACAUCAAUUGACUAUUUGACGAAAUGAAAAUCCGAAAAUCUCAUGUGUUACAACAUGCGGGAAAGAUUAUUUUUAGGUAUCCUGAAAAGGAAAACCUGUUCAAUUAAUUGGAUCGGCUAUACAUUCUAUUAUUUAUCGCAUCUUUUCCCAUCGAAAUCCAAUCGCAACGAUGGAAAAUUAACUGUGGGAAAUCUGAGAAGGUAACUGAGAGAACUUCUCGAAAAUUAAUCAUCCCGGUGUUAUACAUAGCGUAUUCACUUUAUAGAACUCCAUUCGCGAUGGCGGAGAGUUAUUAAACUUUUUUUUCUGUAUUCUAGUGAUUUUCAACACUUUUGGCUGGUUCGUCACUUUUACCUUCCAUUUUGGAAGAAUGUCGGGAGUGAGAAUUUAACUCGUGACAUUUAGCGUGAGUGGCAUGAAUGUUACCACUUCGCCAGAUCGCCUCCAUCCAGAGUUAUUAAUAGGAAACCUGGAAAGAUAACCAGAAGAACUCUAAAACUAAUCGGACCGGCGAUAUAUCGAACUCUAAUCUGGAUGGGGAGAGUUAUCUUUUGGAGAACUGAGAAUCCGAGAGAACUCCUCUAGAAACCUGAGGAUAUUAUGCACCGCGCGUACAUAUAGGAAUCUCAUCGGGACGGAGGAGAGUUAUUUUUUGAUAACCUGAGAAGGUAAGCGAGAGCUCCUCUAAAUCCAAUAUUCCCGGCGAUAUGUUCCGUUGCGAUCGUGCGUACUCUGCAUCGAACUUCAAUCGCAACGGUGGAGAGUUAUCUUUCUCUAGGUAGUAGCCACGAAUUGCAACAUACAACCGUUCUCCUUAUGGGCUUUGUGAUGUUUUUUUUCGGACUUGCUACUAUAGAGAUUCGUCAUUCGCAAGAAAAGUUUUUUAUUUCAUAUUCUUCGUGAGUGCGAAAAAAAAUAGCUACGAAGAUGGUAAAAAAACACUACAGAACCGUCAAAAUUCGAGAAGGAAAAUAACAGAAAAUUCAGGUUAGGUUUGAUGCAGUAAGCUAUAAGCAGAAACCGUGUACGUCAAUUUAUCUCAUUGUCGAGCAAAAAAUACGAGAUUUUUCAAGUUUUUUCAAAAUAAAACCAUAUUUUUUAGAGGUUUAAGAAGAAAAGAUCCUCAAAUGUUGUUUCACAGUAAUGUUUGAGUGGUGGAAAACGUUAUUUUGAUCUACUCGAAUCGUUAAUUCAUGGUUUAUUUCGCUAUUUUAUGAUCUACUAUACGCCUUGAAAGGAAUACCAUUUUUCGGACAUUGGAAUAAGUAUAAAAAAUGAUUUCAAAUAUCAAAUCAAAUCCGAACUUCUUAAAGCAAAACUAUUUCGCGGGAUCCAGUUUUCUUUCAGUUUUUUUAAGAGCAAUCUUCCUGUUUUGACGUAGGACUACGUCUUUCAUUUCUAUACCGGGGUGUAAAAUCAAAGUUUCGAAAACGAAAACGUUACGCCGGAGACCGAGAUUUUGAGUGUUGAUAGCUCCUAAACAACUGAACGAAAUGGUAUGAUAAACACUUCAUUCGAAAGAUAAAAUGUCUACGCGUUCUAUACUUGUUACUUUCUGAUCCAAAAACAUGUUUCAAUAGUCUUAAAUUUGCUUUCAAAACAGGCUAUUGAAAUCACCAAUCGGUAUAUAAGCGAGCGCCGCCCGGAAAUCCACUCAGUUCUAAUUGAACAGCGAUUGGAGCAUGUUGUCGCUGUUGUGGUUAAGCUCUUCAUUUAUCAUGAAAGCGCGGAUGAACGGUGUCACCAAGAGCCUGUUUGUGCACCUUAGGCCAGAAGGGAAUCCAUCAGGAGGAGAGUGAUGCUACAAACGGUUCCCCGGGAAGAUCUCGAAGCAGCCGCUACACACACACACAUACGCGCACGGAAUUCUUUCCGUUUGGAUCGAGAAAGAUCCGGAAAAUAAUCUGCCAGUUCCUCUAGGAAUUUAAAAAUACAUUCAUGUGAAAGAGUUUAUUUGAAUGUUUUCUAUCCAUGUAACACUGUGACCAAAUAUGUUUCAAUCAAGUGCUAUUAACAGAAGCAUUAACCACUGGUGGGCUUCCAGUAUCGAGGAAAAUGUGGAAAUAUCUAAUCGUUACUGAAAAUAAUCUGCUAGUUCCUCUGGGAAUUUAAAAUUACAUUCAUAUGAAAGAGUUUAUUUUAAUGUUUUCUAUCCAUGUAACACUGUGACCAAAUACAUUAGGUUUUGUGAUUUUUCAAUCAAUCGCAAUCAACAGGAUAGCUUCUGAAGAUUAUUCUUCCCCAUCAGUAGGAUAUUUCCGUAUUCAAUAUUGGAUGCAUAAAACCUUGUGCCUCCAACGUAACGCUCUCGUUUUCGAAGUUCUCCAAAUAUUCAUUCAUUCAGAAUGAAUUCAGAUUCAACUUCAUACAAAUGAUCUCUAAAUCAACGAUAGUCCUACGUCACCCUUGCGGUUAUACCAUAGAUAUAACCCACUUCCUGUUUUUUGAAAAAUAUUAUUGGCAACCCUGGUUACGACUGCGCAACGAUUGUGGUACGAUCGCUGGAAUGGAUGGAUGUUUCCCUAACACAGACUUCAAAACCAUGGAACCUGUGGAAAUCGGCACAGCAAACUAGAUGCAAGCUGCGGGUGCUUUUGUACUCGCUUGAGUUUCUGGAAAUUGGAAUGUUUCCCUAACACAGAUUUGAAAACCAUGGAGCCUGGGGAAAUUGACAUUGCAAAAUUGAUGCAAGCUGCGGGUACUUUUGUACUCGUUUGCGUUUCUGGAAAUCGGAAUGUUUCUCUAACACAAACUUCAAAACCAUAGAGCCUGUGGAAAUCGGCAUAGAAAUUUAGAUGCCAGCAGUGGGAACUUCCGUACUCGUUUGCGGUUUUGCAAAUUGAUGAUUAGUCAACAUGUUGAUAAUUAUUUGAUGCGAUAACUACUACCAUAAUGCAUGAAUCGACUUAAAUUGAGAUUUGUUGCAAUUGAAUUCGCAAAUAGUUUCAUUCAUUCACUUUUUUAAUCAAUAAUUUAAUCAAUACACAAAAGAUAGCACUGCGCAGCGGCGAUAUCGUACCCAAUAAGGGUCAUCCGAGGUGGGAUUAUUGCUAAUUGAAGAAAUACAAGUGAUUACUAAGCCAACGGCGGUCCUACGUCAACCUUGCGGUUAUAUCAUAGGUAUAACCCAUCCAUAGUUUUUGUACAUAUUGUCAACAAACCCGCAUCCCAUACCAGAGAUUAGUAUUAUUUACUCGAUAACAUUAGUAAGCUUGGAUAUUGUCAUAUCUGAAAAUUGGUGAGAAAAGCGCGUAUUAACCAUUUUCAUUGUUCCCAUAAGGCAAUACGGAGGUAUAAUAAGGAUAUAAUUCUGAUACGUGCAUUUUCGGCGAGAAAAUGUAGCCGAUAUUGGGCUUCCGAAUCAUGGUUCUGCUUGACAUAUGUGUUUAUUAGUACGGUCGAAAAUGACUAUAGAUUGGUAGUAUUUACCAAAAAAUUCGUUAUAUUUACUAAUUAUUUCUCUCAGUGUAAUAGGCGCGCAAUGUGGGGAGCAGCUACCCGAAUAGAAAAAUGUGUUGUACCUUUUUUAACCUUGUUAACCGUUUGUUAUAAUAAGCCAGGAUGCUCAGCAGAGUAAUGAAAUUGCUCGAUGAGUGACCAACCGAAGCGAUCCACUCUUUUUUGGUUCAUUUUUAUGAAAACGAAAGCACAUUAAUCCCCGUUAUUGGUGUGCUUUCCAUUCAGUACGCAUUCAGUCCAGGCUCCCAAAGAUAUUUAUUUGAUAAAAAGUUGAUGGAUCUGAACCUAGGGGCACGGACGAGAUCUUGACAUAGGACUGUGAUUGUCUAUAGCAAUUGCAUUUGAAUUGAGUUUUGUGCAAAGUUUAAAAAAAAAUCUGUAAUUUUUUCUCUUUGGAUACAUCAAAUGGAAGCUUUGGAAAAAAUCGUUUCCUGUAUGAACUUGUAUCCUUUAACAGAUUAGAUGAGUUAACGUGGUAGAAUCCGGAACCAAAUUGCGUUCAAAAGUGUACACAAAAAUACAAUUAAAACCAUUACUGCCCUUUUCGUCUGUUUAAUCAAUUAUGCAGAAGAAGACAAAGAGUCAACAUGUAUCAUUUUUAAACACAAAUCUAAACUGUUGAGAUCUACAUAAAUAUAGGUCAAAUAAAUCUGUGACUACAGAAAUAUAUUAUAGAUAAAUAUAGCAUUUUCUCCUUCGUCUCCACGUUGUCUGGAACAUUGUUUGUAAUAACUUCAUAGCCCGGUGAUUUAUGUAUAUUGAGUAUUCUAUGACCAUGAGUGCUCUCUUGGGAAAUUCGAGUAGCUGCUGUAGUGAAUUGAUCUUAUUGGGUGCCAGUUCGAUAAUCAAUGAAGUGGAUGAAUUAAAUGUUAAUAGAUUUAAUUUUACUUUAGCUGAAUGUAGUUAAAUAAAAAAUAUUUUCUGGAGUUUUUUUUAUACGCCAAAAUUUGGGCAACAAAAAUUGAACCACAACAAAAAUUUUUGCAGCAUGCAAACUCUGAUAUUUUUAAUAGGAUAUUGUCACAUUAAAAAUCGAUAUGACUCCCAACUUUUUACAUUAUGAUGCGUAGCUAUUAAUAAAUGUCGGUUUUAUAGGCAUACACCUGAUAUUAUUUAAGAAAAACUGUUGGACUUCAACCCAUUAACGACCAAGCUGUAAAAAUUAUUUUUUAACGAGAGCCAUUGGUGUAAUUUUGAUUAUUGGCGUUAUAGAAAGCCCAAUCUUAAAGAAUUAUUUUUUCCGUUCUUCCGUUUUCGGAAAAUGACAAAAAAUUUUAAAGCCGCCAAACAAAAACAUUGGCCAAAACCUACAUUUUUGUUCCUGUAGAAGGUUAAAUCCAAUGGUUUGUUUCCUACAUCACAAUGUGUGAUCUUUUAUCAAAGUAAUACUGUAGAAAAGUUCACAUAUUUUUGAAUUUUAUAAGGUUUCGAUUUUUCUUAGGUUAUGUGAGGUUAUGUACUUUCCGUAUAUAGCUGCUUUAAACCGAAUUUAAUAAAGGUAUACAAAAUUGAAUGAAAUUGAUAGUAAGUGGUAGCUAAUAGGCUAAGCUAUCAUUCUAUUCUAUCUAUUUGAUGGCAAAACCUUACCAUAUGGUUGCUUUCCAAAGCUUUAUCAAAGUUACUGUUCGAUUUUUCGAACGCUUGGCAUAAAACGGGUUAAUGAGGUUUCCUCUUUACAUGUAGCUUUCCUGUUCAGUAACAGGAUAGAAUUUUGGACACGAAAAAUGAUUCUUCGUCUCGUUGUUUGGUAGUAUGAGUCUUGUCCCUUUUCCGAUUGCUCUAGAUAUUUCUCCCAAAGCGCCUAGAAGCAUAUUCUAAGGUGAGGCCGUUUCGUCACUAAGUUGGUUAGGGGAGCGGUAUAUGAAAAAGUUAUAGGAGGUUGUGUUCAAGACACGACCGCAUUGUUGACGUAGAACUACGCUAUAGUUUAAUUCAAGUCGCUUGUCUAUAACUGCGGAUAUUAUUUUAUAAUGCUACGAAAAUUUUGAAAUAACCAUUCUACCAGUUUGGUCGCCCUGAAAUGUUUUUUUUUGCAGAAUCAUUUGACGAUAAUUGUUUGAUGAUUCAUUCUUGUGUUCGCAGAACAAUACAUGCUUGAGAUAAGCGCAGCUGUCAUCCUUAGUGGAGAAAGUUUUUCUACUGGCAAGCGAAACCAAAUCCCAUACAGAAUUUCAGAACGACAUUUACUUUCUUGGUGACUAAAUAAACGAAAUAAACUCUAUCUGUUAAUCUCAAAAACCUCGAAAUAAAGCACUGCUUCAUUAUGAUCAAGAUUCGCGCAAAUACAAUCCAAGUUGGAAGCAGUUUCGCGACUGACACGCGAGCCCAAAUAAAUUAAUAACUUAAAAUAACUAAUUGAAUAACUUGGUAUUCCCCAAAUAAUUUUUGGUGCACAACCCUAACACCUGUUUCACCAUAGCGUCAGUUCAAUACAUUGAUGAUAGAAAACAAACAAUGUUAACUGCUUGGAAAAAGGCUGAAUAUUUGCUUCUGCAGAGAUUCAGUACUAAUACCCUAGCGUAAAUAUUUCCCUCCCACUAUCUCCCCUCUUUGUUUAUAUUUAUCAUUACGACUGCAUAAUUUGCAACACAAAACAAUCGUCAAUCAUAGCAAUAAAAAAAUUAGGCGAUUGUUGCAUCGUUACAGGGCCAAUGCACACGGGAGCAGAUACAAAUGGGGCUUCAGCGUAGCGAAGAUGCAGUAUUUUCACGUACGGAUUAUGAAGCACGCACGUACGCACACAAAUAUCCAUAUAUCGAUGGCUUUAAGAAACUAAAUAUAUACACACUUAUCUCCGUUUUGUGCUCUUCUCAACAGAAGCCCUUUCAGUUGAUAUUGCCAGUCUAGAUAAGCUUAGCUGUCAUCCUUUGUGGAGAGAGUUUUCCUACCAUCAUGCGAAACCAAAUCACUGACAAAAUUCCAGAACAUUUAUUUUCUUGGUGAGCUGACGAUAGCCUAGCUUGAUGAUUCCCCACACAAUUGUGUAGCUCAGAACAUUAAUGCAAUGGCGUCAGUUUGAUGCAAUGAUUGCAAUGCCAGAGACAUCAACGAGUAAGUAAUUUAGUCGCGUCCACGACUCAAUCCUAAACGAAGACAUGUGAUGACGCAAAACAAGGAAGAACAAGCGAUAUUCAUUGCUUUGAAUACAGAACGACACUGAAAGUUUGGCUUCCUUCCUCGCUUGAGACUUUGAACUUCUUCAGUUUAUUCGUCUCUAACCUUAAAAAAGGCCCUUGAAAACAUUAUCCAUUAUAUUACUCCUCCGCCUCCAUUGCCUUGAGAAAGGCAUUUGAUCCCUCGCUGUCCAGCUCGCCCAGCAACAAUGUUGUUCAGUCGGUUUCCUCACGAAGGAUGAAAGUUUGCUUCAGCGAAAUCCACUGUUUAUAUUUCAGGUAAAUAUUCCCCUUCGUUGCUCGUUAUUGACAGCUCUGUUCGGGAAAGCACACAAAUGGACAGAACAAAUGUAUGAGGAAAUGGGAAUGCUUCUAAUUUUCAUUAAUUUUAACCAUAGAAAGGCUAUGGGAUUGUAAUGUAUAGCAUAUCAAACAAAUCUUAGGGAAUUUCCGAUUCGUUUGGUAUGUAAAUCGCCAAAAUCCUUUCGCGGCAAAAAUAGUUAUUAACGUUAACUUUAACGUUGGUGUGAUUUCAAUAGCCUGUUUUGAAAGCAAUUUUAAGGCAAUUGAAACAAGCUUUUGGAUCAAAAAGUAAAAAGCAUAGAACGCGUAGACAUUUUAUCUUUCAAAUGAAGUGUAUAUCAUACCAUUUCGUUCAGUUGUUUAGGAGCUGUUAACGCUCAAAAUCUCGUUCUCCGGCGUAACGCUUUCGUUUUCAAAAUUUUGUACUUGCACCCCGGUAUAGAAAUGAAAUACGUAGUCCUACGUCAAAACAGUACGGAAGAAAGCAGAAGGGGAAUUAUUUGCUUGAAGCGUGAAAGAGACAGACUGAUCAGGAGCGAGCUUCGGUACUAGCGUAUUGUGUUUUGUUUACAAACAAAACACAGUAGACUUCCAAGAUGACUGAAGAAUGUUUUGUGUUCUAGGCGCCUUGAUUGCUGCCAGAACGAUUUUCCAACUCUUCUUAUAAUCAAGACCAAGGAAAAAACAGCCUCGGGAUACUAAAUUACAAUCGAAGCUGGUUGCCAAGGUGAAAGAAAUUACUGAUCUAGGAGAAGCGUGAAAGUGAAGGCGACAAGUGUUAGUAAGAGGCAAAUAUUCGUACGAAACUAUGCUAUUCGAUCGCAAAACAUAAAAAAUAAUGCUGUAUGCAUACAUACUUAAAAUUUUGUUUCGUGGUUUCGUUUUCAACAAAGGCUUACUCUGCGUUUUUUAACGUCACUAAGAUGACCAAUUCCGGAAAAAUAUCCUCCCAGCCUACGUAUUGCAGUACACAAAAUCGUCGAAACUACGAAUUUGCCACUUAUUAGCGUAACAUUAUUCUGCUCGGGUACACACACCUCACAGCCUACUAAGCGCUCGCAGCGUGAAAACAACAACAAAACGAGCCACCCUCUCUAUCAUUUCGCGGUUAUGUCUAUUCAUAAAGGAACGAAAACGUGGAACACAAAACGAUGAACAAGCAACAAGCAUCAAAAGCGCGAGCCUACUGUUGACAAUAACUUGUACCCCACCUCUGUGUGAACACUUCUUGUAAUAAUAGUUUUAUUGAAGGCAGAACGAAACAAAACAAAAAGUGUGAAAAAUAAUAUACUUACACGCUACAAACAAUAAUUAGCGAUGGCGACGGCGAGAGACCCGUGGGAAAAUGACAAAAACAAUAAACUAGUUACUCUGCAGAACAAUAAGAACAAAACACAUGUAGAACAUUUGUUAUUUACACGAAACAACAAAUCGGUCAUUUGGAAGAAGAUAAAGAUAGAUUAUAUAUAUAUAUAUAUAUAUAUAUAUAUAUAUAUAUAUAUAUACAAACACACAAACACACAUAUAUAUAUAUAGCCACUUUUAGAACCCCACUUCUGAUCCUUGUAUCAUAACCGUGAACGUUAACGAAACAAACAAAUUAGAAGCGAAGAAGGAUGCAAACAAACGACUGCCAAUAAGGGCUGAUAAUAUAAUAAGCGGUAAGGAUCUUCGAACACAGGUGAUAUCGUUUCGUUUCGUGACAGCAACAUUUGUGUAUCAAAUCAAAUCAAAUGUACGUAAAAAUGAGAUAUACUUGUAUCAUGCAAUAGACGACAAGCAAAAGUUACUUCUAGUUUUAACUGCAAACGAUUUUUAUCUCAACGUUGUAUUUCGUGUAUCCAAAAAAACAUUCCGUGAAGAUUAAGCGAACCCUUUUUGUUCGAAUUAUAUUGUUGUAAACUAAAUUCAAAAGGAAGCUAUAUAUAAAAUCAUUACAUCAUAAAUUCAAA